AGAUGACCAUCACUGGGCUAAUUCGGUACUUUUGAGGUGAAUUGAGUUUUGACGAGGGCAGACCUUUUACAAGCCAAUCAAGAAAUCGAAUAAUUGCGUUAAGAAUAAACAAUACGUUUCCUGUGUGUUUUUGCACGACCUAUUUGUAAACAGACAGUUGUUUAUAUUUUUCUAUAAUAAAAUCGAAAAGGAUGAUAGGGCGACAGCGGCUGGACUUCGCAGAUGUCCUUUGUGACUCGACAAGCAGGAUAACACAAUGAUAUCAAGGUGAUAAUGAAGAAGGAGAAAGUUUAUAAAUGCAUAAUACCCUGUACUGUUGAUAAAUGACAAGGCAAGAAUGGAUUGGAGAUAACAAUUAACUCCGUUGCCACUGCUCAAAAGGCGCGAAAGAUAUUCGAGCAAAAAAUCUUAGUAAAAGGGUCUUGGUCUCUGCGUGAUUAAAAAUUAAGAUUGCAAUUAAGGCUCCCAUUUUCACAUUCUAAUUUAAAUUGGAUAUAUUCUCCUACAGUCAAAGUAUCCAAGUGGAAUCCCGUUUUUGCUUAAACGACACACCUUGUCUUCACAAGUCUGUUUAUGUUAACAACAGGUACUGAUAAUAUACUGUUGCCAUCCGAACUCCACUUCACUGCUUUCCGAUUGGCUACGACCUUUAUUACACAGAUCGGCAUGCUGAACCAAAGGAGUUUUAACAGAGAGACACGCAUUUAUCGGUUAAACAAUUGACGCUGAGACUGGUAACGGACAAUCUAAGAUCCGUCUUUACGAUUCAAUUAGACCAAUUAUAAAGCAGCUCGACGUAGCUCACAGGUGGACCCAGGCUUCUUGCAAAGCAAACAGCAUGAAUUUAGCUCGACUUAUUACGCUUAUGAUAUGUUUGUUUUAUGAAAGGGAAACUUCGAAAGGUUUCGACAGGAAACCAGUACCGUCUUCUCUCGUAUUCUAAGUCGUAUCAGAUACUGCACUGCAUCGAUGAACAACGUCCACGAAGUUUAUUAAACUCGAAGAGAUUAACAGAAAAUAAACGAGACCGCGACGUGAAAAGGAAAUCUGCACGGUGAUGGAAGUGAUAAUUAUUUUUAUCGCGCUGCUCGCUGCACUUAUCCAUUGGCCUUCUGUUUGCCUGACGAGUGAAGCAGAAGUUGAACUACUGGAACAUCUCUUUAAUGGCUACAACUCGGAUGCUAGACCAGUGCUCAAGGAUUCAGAUGCCGUCAACGUCACACUGGGCAUCACCAUAAGCCAGAUUGUCGAUGUUGAUGAAAAAAAUCAAAUUUUUACAGUCAGCGUUUGGAUGAGACAGAAAUGGAAAAACCCUCUUUUAGCAUGGGAUCCUAGUCGAUUCAACAACAUUUCGAGUAUUAACGUACGCCCAAAGAAGUUAUGGUUGCCAGACAUUGUUUUAUACAACAAUGCUGAUUCCGACAUAACCUUUGGAGGCAACUUCGAUCGAUUAAACACUCGCGUGAUAUUAUCGCACAAUGGUAAUAGUGUGUGGUUGGCUCCCGUCAUAAUCAAAAGCAAAUGCCAGAUCGAUGUGAAAUACUUUCCGUUUGACGAGCAAAGCUGCAGCCUAAAGUUUGGUAGUUGGACAUAUGAUGGGUUUCGCCUGAAUCUUGCAAAGGAGGCAGAGAAAGCUGACUUAUCUAAAUUCUUGAAAAAUGCAGAGUGGCAUCUCGUUGAUGUUCCAGCUGUUCGAAAUGAAGUGAAGUACUUUUGCUGUCCAGAACAUUACCCUGACGUCACAUAUACAUUCAUCAUGAAAAGAAGAUCUCUGUUUUAUCUGACAAACCUCAUUUUCCCCAUGGUCCUCAUGUGUGCCUUGACUAUUUUGUCAUUUCUUCUACCAGCAGAAUCAGGUGAGCGAAUAUCUUUGGCAAUCACAUUGCUGCUUGCAAUGACAGUGUUCAUGCUAGUGGUUGCUGAGAUGAUACCACCAACAAGCGAAGUAAUACCACUGGUCGGCAUUUUCUUCAAUGCAGCCAUGGUUGAAAUGGUGCUAAUGAUUGUCAGCCUCUGUGUUGUCAUUCGCUUCUACCACAAACAGUCCACUGAUCCACCAAUGCCGCAGUGGAUGCGUAAAUACGUACUAGAUAACUUGUCAUAUAAACUGAAAGUGAGAUCCAAGAAAACUGCUCGUAACAGCGACGAAAGCGUUCGGCCACACGUCGAACUAGUGUACCUAUCCAACAAUAAAAGUAACGGCAGACUCGAUCUACGAGUUGAUAAUAACGCCGCGGUCAUUCAGCAAUCUGGACCAAAAAGAGCCAUUUCUAAUGGAAUGGCGAAUCGACGAAAGGAGAAGGGUUACUUGAUGGACGGUGCAGGUAGCACUGCAAGUGCGAGAAACGAAGGAAUGUUUGAAACUGGAAUCAUCGCGAAAAAGCUUGAUAUAAUCAUCGAAAAAUUGUCGCAAAAGGAACGGGAUGAAAAGUAUCGCCAAGAGUGGCGUAUUGUAGCAAUGACAUUCGACAAAUGCCUUUUGAUAGUGUUUUGCUGCAUUUCAAUUUUUACAAUUCUUGUUAUAUUCCUGAACUCUCCAGGGUAUGUAGUAUAAUAACUGGAAAUGGGUACCGGCUAGCCAAAAGCCUCAAACCAUAAAGUGAAAACGAGACUCCACCUGACAGAGAUUGCUGAGAUAAAGUUGAAAGAGGACUGGGUAUCACUGACAAUUUUUGUAGUAUGACCUGCAAUACCACAAGUUAACUUUUGUGCAAGAACCAAUAAACUUGGUGAAGGUUUGGUUUGCUGCAUAUCACCUAUGGAAGACCCAAGUUUAUGAGUUUAAGUCUUAUUAAUCUGAUAAAAUCUUUGCUCUUAGAUGGCGAAAAUUAUUGAAUACUUAACACCUAAGGCAAUACUCGAAUCAUAAACAUCUAACUAAUUGAAUGUGAACAUCAUUACGGCUGUAUACAUUUAGUUUUUAUCUCAAAGUCAAUUUGUUUGGAGAUCAUAAUAAGUCAUAACAAAUUUCUGAGAUAUGUUAUAGGAAAUAUUUUAUAAUAAUCUGUGCAUGGUGUUUAAUUUCAGGGUAAUGAAUUUUGAAAAAUGCUUAACGCAUAGAACUUUAACCAAAAAAUAACUCGUUUAGAAGAAUCAAGUUGGCUUUUGAUUAGGGAAAUGAUAUUUGCUGUCAUAAUAAGGGUUGUAAUAUCAUGCUAUUUCUAACUGGUUUCAUUCAUAAUUCAAUAAUGCACUUUUGCUGCUAAAGUCGUCUCCCU